UCGCAACCCAGUCCAUUUCUCCGGUUAUCGUUUCUCUCUCGCGCUCUCUCUCUCUCUCAUCAGUCUGUGCUCUCUUUUCUUGAACCUUUUGGAGUUUCCACUUCUUCUUUUGUUGUGCGCUAACGUGCGCACUCCCUUACUCCUCAUCGUGCGUCGCCUGAGAUGGCUCCGGCGGUAACAACGACUGCCAUACUUGUGAGAAUCUCGCGGCACAGGAGGGAGUAGUGGUGGGUUUUUGAGAAAGAUCGAGCGGCCUGAGAUUCGGUCUAUGAGGGACCCAGACCUUAAAAUGGACGGUCAGAUGUCGCAGUCCAAGCUUACUAGAACCAAUUCGUCACUUCUCCGGUCGUCUCCCACUAUCCGGUCAUCAAUCCACAGCCUUUCCUCGGUCACAGAGGAGGACGCUGUGAGAGCGUACCACCAGGAACAACAAGAAGACGAUGAGGAGAAGAAAAUCAAGCCCCUUAAGCCCGGUUCAACUCCAAGAAGGAUUGGUUCGACCAGGUUCACACCGGUACUGACCAUGGUGUCGCUAACUUUUUUCUCACUCUUCACCGUUUCCUUCUUUUUCUUCUUCUAUUUGAGAAGGGAAGAGAUACCCACAUCCGAGAAUCUGUUAUUGGCCUUGAUUUUCAUCGCUAUAACACUAUUCUUUGCGAACAAGAACAAGAAUUUGAUCAAUCAGAGCUUCUCAUUCAUCAAGCAGUUGUGGGAGGAUAACUCAAAGAAAUUUGGGUUUACUUCGCGGACGAAUUCGAAGCAUGUCCAGUGGUUCAUUGGCGAACCAGUCCCAGAAAAACCCAGAAAGGAGAAGCAUAUCAUACGAGAAGGAGUUGAAUUCUACAGCAACGGAGAUUUCUACGAAGGGGAAUUCCACAAAGGUAAAUGCAAUGGGAGUGGAGUCUAUAACUAUUUUGUGAAUGGGAAAUAUGAGGGGGAUUGGGUCGAUGGGAGAUAUGAUGGGUAUGGGAUUGAGCGCUGGGCGAGAGGGAGUAGAUAUAGGGGUCAAUAUAGGCAGGGAUUGAGACAUGGAUUUGGGGUUUAUAAAUUCUACACAGGGGAUUCUUAUGCAGGGGAGUGGUUCAAUGGGCAGAGUCAUGGGGUUGGGGUGCAGACUUGUUCUGAUGGGAGCUGCUAUGUGGGUGAAUUCAAGUGUGGUGUCAAGCAUGGCCUUGGGGCUUAUCAUUUUCGGAAUGGAGACAGAUAUGCCGGAGAAUAUUUUGGAGACAAAAUCCAUGGAUUCGGUGUUUAUCAUUUCGCUAAUGGUCACUGCUACGAGGGGUCAUGGCAUGAAGGCCGUAAGCAAGGAUAUGGCAUGUAUACUUUCCGGAAUGGCGACACUAGAGGUGGUGAAUGGGAUGCUGGCACUCUUAAAAACCCUUUAGCCCAACUAACUGAUGCCGUCCUUCGUGCAGUUCAGGCUGCAAGGAAAACAACAGAGAAUGCCAUUAACCUUCGCAGAGUUGAUGAUCAGGUGAACAAGGCAGUUAUGGGUGCAAACCGAGCUGCUACUGCUGCAAGAGUAGCUGCUGUCAAAGCUGUUCAAAACCGGAUGGACGGAAAAUUUUGUGACACAAAUGUCUAACUGGGAUUACCUCUGUUUUGUAAAUUUUACUAAUUUCCUGUGCUUGGAAAGAUGACAACCCGGUGAGCACAAGCUGAUCGGAGGUUGAGAGCGAGUGUUGUAGGGUCUUGAUAUCACACUACUGUAACUUGUACAUAAACCAUGUAAAUUUGAUGGUAAAUCAAAUUUUCAAGAGUUCUGUAUGUAAA